AUGGCAUUAUUAGUAGCCCAACAACAACAACAGGAUCGUGCGUCUAUGGCUUCGUAUUUAUUUGAAAAGCACCUAAACCAUCAAGAUGGUGUUGCUGGGACAUUAAGUAUUCGAUUAGUAGCUGCUCGUAAUUUACGUGCUGCUUCGAUGUUUUGGGUUCGUACGUGUAAUCCUUACGUCAUUUUUCGUGUAGGUAAACAAAGUGUCCGUAGUUCUACUAUACCAUGUAAUAACAAUCCAUCAUGGCGUCGUGAAUUUUUGGAAGUCAAAGUACCAAAAUUAGACCUGAAACGACAUUUAGUAGGUGAUCACUCGGAUAUUCGAUUGGAACUAAUUCUGGACGUGAUGAAUGAAGACUCACUUACUGGAAAAGCAACAGAAGCAGUGGGAAUGGCAAAUGGAUCAGUGAUUGGUACAGCAACUUUGGAUUUUACGUCAUUGGUUGAAGGUAAAGAAGAUGUCAUAGACCAGUGGAUUCCACUUAGUGGAGAUCUACCGAUGGCUACUGCAGGACCUACUAGUGACAAGAAGAAACAAACACGAGAAACUCAGCUGAGUUUGGGUGAAGUACGUAUUGUAUUACAGUAUGAACCACACGGCAUGGAGCCACGUAUGAGUGAUGUGGUGAAGUUUGAAGGCUUUGGCUCAUAUCCGUCGUCAGUGCUCGGUCCCAUCGAAGAUUUAGAACUUCAUGUGAAGAAGACAAGUGGCACCUAUUUAUUGUGUAGCUACAUGACUCCAUCAGGGUAUGAAGCGGCAUUACGUGUGCACCGCAACAAUGUAUUUGUGGUGCAUCGUGGCAGUCUACUCGACCGCUUGUACGAGACGUGUGUGGUCGAGCCGCUGAAGUUCAUGGUCAGUACACCAAUCGGCCAGUCUGCCAAGGAAGUGUUGCGUCCGUAUAUGAAUGUGGCUCGUGCGUUCAGCGGUCCGGCAUUGCUUGCAACGAAGGCAACGCUCAUGACGACGUACCGUGCUUCUAGUGCUGCGUUUGGAGCUGUGAUGGCGUCAUUGGAUGAGUAA